AUGAGCAAAAUGUAUUACACAAGACUUUUGGAUGUUAGAUCCACCAGGGGAGCAUCAGCAGAGGAGUAUGAGAAAGGUCUGAAGCAGAUCUACACCGUCUCAACAGUAGAAGGCUUCUGGGGUGUCUAUAACAACAUUCCUGAGGUUGGGGAGUUGAGUGUACGAUAUUCUUACCACUUGAUGAGAGGAACAAGACGCCCUGUCUGGGAAGACCAAGAGAAUUGCAAGGGAGGGACCUGGAAGCUCAAGUGCCACAAGAGGGACUCUACUAUAGUAUGGAAGGAGCUCCUGUUGGCAGCAAUCGGGGAGCAAUUUGAGGACUAUGUAACACCAGGGGACGAAAUAGUUGGAAUAUCUGUGUCCGUUCGGGAGAAAGACAAUCUGCUGCAGAUCUGGAAUGCAGAUGCACCCCUUGGAGAGGAUCCACAAGCCCGCGUCCUCUACAAGGUCCAGCAACUUCUUCCAAACACUCAAUUCCUCUCCCUCUUCUACAAACGCCAUCAGACACAUCGGGCAUUUGGGGGCGAGAAGACCAUGUGAAGGGUCGGUAGCAGAACCAGCGUAAUGUAGCUGAAAGGGAAUCAGCAAAACUGACUCAUUCUAUGAAGAUGGGAGUGCUGAAAUAAGGGCUAUGUCCCUGUGUGCAUGGACUCUUCCCCAUCCCAACUUGGCUGGUGCCGGUUCGGCUGUGCAACAAAAGAAGGAAGCAAUUUUUGCAACAGAAUUUGUCUUUCAUGAUACCUAGAUCUUUAUGGGUGCCUGGUUCCAGAGUCCAGCUGUUUCAUCUCGAGCUGAGGUUACCUAUUCUUCAUCAAGACGGCACGAUUGGACAUUCCAGUAGUUUUGGUACUGGACCGGGGACUAGGCAUUCUAAUAAUGUGGUGCUGCUUUCUAAGUAUCAAAACUUUGUAUGCAGUUUGUACACACUGCUUGUGGAAGUUCUACCCUGUUUAUGUUUAAUAGUUGUUACCAACGAUGUGUUCCAUGCAGUUAAUCGUGUAUGUUUUGGCCUUUCUUGUGCUUAUUGACGCCUGCAGUUUAAAUGUUGCCAACAAAGGUGAUGUUCGUCUGAAAAAGUUAUUGCAUACCAUUCCAUAUGGAAUUUUUGAAAUUCUGUUACACAGAAGCCGUUUUCAAACUUGUCCUCGUAUGAUUGUAUACAAUUACAGGUGUCUUCUACAGAAGAUGCUUGACCUUGACCUUGAUGGGAUUGGGUAUUGAAUGCAACGUUCACCUCAGUGGUCUUUCUAGGCUCAAGAUAUGUUUAAAAGAAUAAACUUGG